AUGGCGAUUUUUCACGAAUUGGCCAUAGCGACUGCGCGACGACCUUAUCCGUUUGUCCUCGCGCUUCUCCUCACUCUCCUCGUCUUCCUCUGGACCACUGGACCCAAAAAGUUUUCUCCAGCGCCGCUCCCAAGGAUAUAUACCCCCACCGUCGGCCAUGGAUCUGAUGCGCAACAGGAUUCGGAGUAUAUCAGUGGACGAUUUGGAAUCGACGGGACGUGA